AUGUCAAUGCCUGAUAUUCAUAACUGCUUAUAUGUAAGUAUAAUGUUAUUCUCAUAGUAUUGGUUUAUUUUAUCUAAUUAGCCCAUUUUUAUUUUCUAUAAAAUGUUUCGGCUAGCUAAUAAACAGCUGUGUUUUAGUUUAUAAGAUCAAAUGAGUUCGACAUUUAUGGGCUGUAGCUAGACAGUUCUUUUUCAGCUCUCCUCGGAAAAUGUUCGCAUCAAAAAGAAAUACAAGAAGCUUGCAAAGCGUAAUGGCCAGUUAGAGAGGGAACUAAACGAACUGAAAGAACAAUUUCGGAACAACGAAUUCAUGCAGACUUUAACAAGAAGGUAACUUAUUUUAUUUUAUUUUAUAGCUUCACCAAAAAACAAACAAACAAAAAGAAAGAACGUUGGCAGGGACACCGCAACAGCUGUGGCCAAUUACAGCGGGCCCUUAUUCUUGACUUGAGGUUAUUUUUAAAUUACAAAUACCAGUAGUCGUUGUAGCUACGAUGGAGGCCAUUUCGUUUAAUUUGCAAUAUACUUUUUAUCACGUUGUUUUUUGUAUACAUUGGAGGGGUAAGGGAGUUGUUCUGAUAAAAUUGUCUUAAGUUUUCUGCACAGAUUCUGACAUUUUCUUUCCAAAGUGUUCAAGUUCAAACUGAUGACAGACACCCAAGAACAGCCGGUAUGGUGAGGAGGGUUCAGUCUGGUUCAGCCAUGCAACUGAAUCCAAACAGCAACAGAGGAAGAAAAGCAGUUGAUGAACAGUUUGAAAGUACAGCCAAGUUAGUUUGAAUCAAUAAAAUAAAAUGACUAAGUACAGGGGUGGAUCUAGGAGGAGGGUGCGAGGGGUGCACACCUCCCCCCCCGAGAUGACCUGCGGUUUUCUAAUACAACUGGUAUUCUGCCAAAAAAACUUUGUGGUCUAUUGGUGUUGAAGUAAAACGUGAGACGAGGUUGAAGGAUUUAUGUUAAGUGCUGUAAAAAUGGUAGUUAAAAUCAUGGUAGUUCCUUAGUAGUGCACUCACUCCUAAGAAAAAAAAAUGGAUUCACCCAGGGUUGUCACUAAGAUUUCAAGUUGCCGGGUAAACACAACAAGUAGGCGGGGAAUCAAACGGCUAGAGAUUUCUUUUGGUUCUAUUUUUCUUCUAUUUUCUAAAUUAUUAAAGUAGCCGGGGGCCACUCUCUUAGUAGCCGGGGAAAAUCCCUGGCCCCCAGCUCUUAAUGACAACCCUGUUCACCCCUGAAGUAAACUUCAGUAAGCAAGUGAAUGAGUAUUGCAGUGGAAACCCAAAGUGCACGGAUCAUCCUUAAAAAUAGCGUGAGGGGGAUUUUCCCAGCUAUGAGGAGUAGGAGCGCUUGAAAAAGGAAAAGAAUACAUUGACAACAGUAAAGAUUUUUUUAGCGGCCUUUCGACUGCAACUUCAUUCACAGCUGACACUGAGUUCUCACUCAAACAAAAAGUUUACACACAUUGCAGGCUACAAAAAUGACUGUCAGUCCUGAAAGUGAGAAUUCAAAGUGGAAAUUACAUCAAAAGUUUCAAAACAAAGACGAAAAAUGACAGUUUUGAGACAAUUUCAAUAAAAAAUCACCAUAAAGGGCACUCCAUAAUUUUAAUUUCCCUUUAAUUUCUUAAUUUAUAAUUUUAACAACAAUGCUGUCUAUGCAUAACAAUCUGAUGAAGAGGUACCAAAAAGAACUAAAAACAAACACAGCUCAAGUGGAACAAAUUGCAACUCUAAGUGUGAGUUUCAAAUAAGCCUGAUACGCAUGUAUUUAAUGAUAACCAUUUGCAUCCUACCUGAGAGAUGUUAAUAUUGAAUCUGACUUUCAUGCAUACACAGCUUGAAAAUAGAGACUUGGAAAAGAAACUCCAGGAUGCACAAAGAAAAAUAGAAAGCCUACAGGGAGAGAAUGAGGCUCUCCAGACAAGGCUAAAUGCAGUGGGAAUUAAAGAAAGACUUACUCCGUCUAAGAGAGGUAGGAAAUACAUAACAAUUUACAUAUCUCCUUUGAAGGAUAUAACACUUCACAUAUCAUGAUCAAAUAAUCCCAAUUUAUUAUUGGGAUUGAUCAUGAUUUUGCCUGGCAACAAUCUUUGGCAUCAAACUUAGUAACUGACUUCACCCUUAAUUUCUGGCUUUGUAACUGCAUCCCCAGUCUGCCAAACAAGUGACCGCAGACUUUCGAAACCCCAGCCAGACCAACAACCAGUGUCCAUACUAGUACAAUCAUGCUGGCUGUUAUUUAAUAUCUUGUCUGUGGCAGUCAGGCAUUAAGCCUUUGUCGUUGUCUCCUUCAUCCUUCCUUAUCAUGUUGUUGGGAAGGGGAUGUAAAGGAACCUACACUGCCAUUAAAAAAAGGAGUAGUAAUAGACCCCGGUUGGUGUGAUUUAUCUCUCAUGGAGGGGGUGCAGGGGGGGGGCUGUAAUGGGCCCACAUACGAUAAUAUUAUUGGCUCAUGCUGUUGCAAUUACCCUGCCAAGAAUCAGCAAAUUAUUAAUCUAAAAUAAAUAAACAAUUUUAUUAAAAGAGUUUGACAGGGCUGACUGGCAGACAAAAUCUGUUAUGUACAACAUGGGAAUUUUUGCACCUCAGGUGAUCCCUGAUGGUUACCAUACACACAUCUGACCACUACCUGAAAAAGGUAAAGAAAAGGAGGUACAUUACAAGCCCAUAAGUGCUCACUUUGCCAGAACUUACCGGUAUCCCAGUUUUAGGAGCAUGGAGCACCAGCAGUAGUAUAUUUUCUAAAGUGAUACUUUCCCAUGAUGAAAUGCUCCACAACUACAGGGUUACUCAGUCAUACCUGCCAGUAGUUUUACUGCCAGACCAUUUAUAAUCCUGGGUUGGAGAAAGACAAAUUCAUGAAUAUGAUGCAGAGUUUCUAGCUUAAGGGAACAGCCAAUGUUACUUAACAGUAUACAGCCAAGCUUAAACCUGGACCCCAGAAACAAGUUCUAAGACAUAAACAGGUCAACCACAAAGCCUCCACAGUGAAAAAGACAAUGAACAUAUAACAUAUUGUUCUGACUCAUAAAAGUUUUUCUCUCAAUUUGUCAAGAUCUAAUGGCUGAUCUCAACAAGGUUUCAAAAGAAAGAGACAGACUUGCAAAAGAAAGGAAAAAGUUCAAAGGUACUUUAAUACAACAGAAACUUCUCAUUGUAGGUAGGAUUGACACAGGAAAACACUUCUCAGAUCUUAUCUCAAUUUCCGUGCAGUAAAAAUUAGUCUGAAGAGUUUGCCCUUUUUGAAGGUCAUACCAGUAAAAUCCUUGAUUAACAUGAAUCCUUUUAUUGUUUUCUUUACAGAUGAGCUCAAGAUGCUAGAUAGGGUAAGAGUUAAGAUAGUGUCCUUUGCAGCCGUUAUUAGGGUCAUCAUGCGAUGCUAGAGGGGAGGAGCAUUGCGUGACAACCCUAAUAAUUAUUAGGGUUGUCACGCAAUGCAAAGGAGACUAGCAUUAAGAAUAGAUUGACCUUUACUAGAACCUGUGCCCAAAUAUCAACAUGGAAAUGUUCCGGUGUGUCUACUUCCUUAGUGUCAGCUGAUGCACAAAUUAUACAAAGGAAACAGGACUAAAUACAGUCGAAUUCCGGUAACUCAAACCUCUCACUAACUCGAACCAAUCUACAGUUCCCUUCAAAUCGCUUUCUACAUAAUUCUACCCUUGAUAACUCGAACUCUCAGUAACUCGAACUAUUUUCUCUUUCCCUUGAAGGUUCGAAUUAUCGGGAGUCGAUUGUAUCUACAUACAGUCUAAGGCUGAUGUUUUUUGCAUUGUACAGGGAUUCUUUGAGGAGAUAGAGGAUUUAAAGUACGCUCUUCAGCAGGCAGCUAGAUUGAACACUGCUUAUGAAAAAGCUCUGAAGAAGCUCUGUUCACAAUCUGGGAUGCCCUUCCCAAAAAUUACUGCCACAACACCAAAACAACAUCAGAGGAAGAGAACAAGAUCACAGGCCAGAGAGUUCAAAUAG